AUGUCUGUAACAAAUCGAAAGAAACCUGUUGAGAAGGAGCAAUUGAUUGAAAAUGGUGAAUUAAAUUCUAAUGAGAGAAGUAACAUAAAAGGUGAUGAAUGGAAUAUAGCAGUGCUGUUAUUCUUAUAUGCUCUACAAGGUAUACCACUUGGUUUGGCUGGUGCAGUGCCUAUGUUACUGCAAAAUCGUGGCAUCACAUAUACACAACAAGCUGAAUUCAGUUUUGUCAACUGGCCUUUUAGUGUAAAGUUACUAUGGGCUCCAGUUGUGGAUGCACUAUUUCUACCAAAAUUUGGAAGACGGAAAACAUGGCUAGUACCAAUACAAUACCUUAUAGGAUUAGUGAUGAUAAUAAUGUCAUUAAAUAUUACUGAAUGGCUUGGAUCAGAGGAAAAGGCUCCUACUAUGACACUAUUGACAAUGUCUUUCUUAUUUCUAAACUUCCUGGCUGCUACUCAGGAUAUAGCAGUUGAUGGUUGGGCUUUAACUAUGCUUAAACGGUGUAAUGUUGGACAUGCAUCCACUUGCAAUACAGUGGGUCAAACUGCUGGUUUCUUUCUAGGUUAUGUCCUAUUUUUAGCCCUUGAAUCUCCAUACUUUUGCAAUAAAUACAUUAGAUAUGAACCACAGGAGACUGGGCUUGUGACAUUAGCUAGUUUUUUGCUAUUUUGGGGCUGGAUAUUUAUUAUAACAACAACAUUCAUAGCUAUAUUUAAGCAUGAAAAGAAUGAAGAAGUUGAUAUGUCACAUGAAAGCAAAGGCGUUAAGGAUAUUGUGAAUGCAUAUCAACAGUUAUAUACAAUUGUAAAGUUACCAGCAGUGAGAACAUUAGCACUUGUUUUGUUUACAGCAAAGCUUGGUUUCUGCGCAAGUGAUGCAGUAUCAGGAUUAAAACUUGUUGAGGCUGGAGUGCCAAGAGAAGACCUGGCACUAUUAGCUGUACCUUUGGUUCCUGUGCAGAUAAUUAUGCCUGUGAUCCUAGCCAAACAUACAACCGGUCCCCAACCACUUUCACUGUGGCUUCGAGCAUUUCCCCUUCGGCUGCUUGUGGGACCAAUCGCCGCUGCACUAGUGGCCAUUACCCCAAGCCUUUUGGGAAAUUCUGGGCCAUCUUACUUCUAUCUUUUUCUAUUGAUGUGUCUCUAUGUAUUUCACCAGACUUGCCUCUACUGUAUGUUUGUGGCAGUGAUGGCAUUCUUCGCGAAAGUCUCGGACCCAACAGUUGGGGGCACUUAUAUGACCUUACUCAAUACCGUGUCCAACCUUGGUACCAAUUGGCCCAAUACGUUGGCACUUUGGGCGGUUGAUAGGUUGACGUAUAGAACGUGUACGGCUGAGAAUUUGAGUGAUAAUACUUGUUCGUCGGAGUUAGAAACUGAGGUAUGCAAGACUAGCGGUGGUACCUGCAAUGUACGCAUGGAUGGUUUCUAUAUAGAGACAGUGAUAUGCCUUAUUAUUGGUUUCAUUUGGCUCCAGUGGGGCCGAAGGACGAUACUGCGCUUACAACGACUGCCAUCAAGCGCUUGGCAGAUUGGACGGCAUAGAUAA